AUGACGCCGCGGCAUCCACCACUUUCGCUUGCUGAAUGCGCUGCCCAACACCCUAGCACUGUGGACGCCGACACAGCUCCAGUCACUGCCAUUCCUCCUUUUGACCCCUUGGCCAAAAACUCCUUUAUGGCUCCCACCACCGCAGCUAGCACGGUCUUACAACAGCAAGGACCGCCGAUUGGCUCCAGCAACCGCCAUCCAUAUGGCCUCACGAUCAGGUGUGAUACACAGCAACAUGAUGGCGCUGUGGUGCAACCCGAUGUCAUUGCUCAUGGCCAACUUGGCUUUACCACCAAUUUUGGCUCUUCUUUUGCCCCGCUCAACAAAGACGCUCACCUGCUUGGUCCGGAAGAACCAACUCACGAAGACAAGCUGCAGAGGGUCCCUCGCAAGCUCAAUGCAAGAACAUGUCACACAUGUAGGAUAGUCAACGAGAUCUUCUCUGAAGAAACAACGAGGAGGUACACUAGCGAUGCCUGCAUCAUGGGAGACACUGACUUAAAUCGCAAGCCGUGCAAGCAGAAAAUGUCGAGAAACUCGUGA